AUGUCUUUGUAUUUUCCUGCUAACGACUUCAGGACAGGUUAUCUCCAGGAACAGAGAAAAAACAGCAAAGUGGAGUCAAGUACAUGCAGCAGCUUCAUGGGCUUGAAAGAUCACUUGGGGCAUGACCUAGGCCACCUUUAUGUGGAGAGCACUGACACACACAUAAGUGCUAUUGUACCUUGGUCAAUGGUGGAGAAACCAACAAUGGAUAAAGUUAACUCCAGGAAGGAAGAUGUGGAAAAGGUGGUAUCUGAAGAAACUGGAAGCUCCAGUUGUGACUCAGAAGAAAACACAAAUUCUGAUAAUGAAUCAGAACAAUUGGGUAGCAUUGCAGUAGAGCCAUGCUUGUUUACCAAGUCUCAUAGACAACUCUGUAGGUCUCCCUGUUUAGAGCCUCACAUAUUCAAAUGCAAUGAAAUCUUGCAAGACCUAAAAACAGAAGAGAAACAGUCAACACCUAAAGAAGUGAAGAAGCCCCCAGAUGUGGUGAAAGAAUACCAAACCAAACUGGAGUUUGCACUUAAGUUAGGUUAUUCUGAAGAACAAGUUCAGCUUGUGCUAAAUAAACUUGGUACUGAUGCUUUAAUUAAUGAUAUCUUAGGAGAACUUGUCAAACUUGGAAAUAAAAGUGAAACUGAUCCAACUGUUAGUACAAUUAACAGUAGCAUAAUUCGAGAAACAUCUUCCCUAGAAUCUCAGAGGUCUGACUCUCCACUUCCAGAGAUUGUGACAGAUGAUGGCGAGAAUCUAAGACCAAUAGUUAUUGAUGGCAGCAACGUGGCAAUGAGCCAUGGGAACAAAGAAGUAUUUUCCUGCCGUGGAAUAAAAUUGGCAGUUGAUUGGUUUUUGGAAAGAGGCCACAAAGAUAUUACAGUGUUUGUUCCUGCCUGGAGAAAAGAGCAGUCAAGACCUGAUGCUCUCAUCACAGAUCAAGAAAUUUUGCGUAAGUUGGAGAAGGAGAAAAUUCUGGUGUUCACUCCAUCCCGACGUGUUCAGGGAAGAAGAGUAGUAUGUUACGAUGACAGAUUCAUUGUAAAACUGGCUUUUGAGUCUGAUGGUAUCAUUGUGUCCAAUGAUAACUACAGGGACCUGGCUAAUGAAAAGCCAGAAUGGAAGAAGUUUAUAGAUGAGCGAUUGCUGAUGUAUUCCUUCGUCAAUGACAAGUUCAUGCCCCCUGAUGAUCCUCUUGGCCGGCAUGGUCCAAGCUUGGAUAACUUUCUAAGGAAAAAGCCUAUUGUUCCAGAACAUAAGAAACAGCCAUGUCCCUAUGGAAAGAAAUGUACCUAUGGACACAAGUGCAAAUAUUACCAUCCUGAGAGGGGGAGUCAGCCGCAGAGAUCAGUGGCUGAUGAACUUCGUGCCAUGUCUAGAAAUACAGCAGCCAAAACUGCAAAUGAAGGAGGACUGGUGAAAAGCAACAGUGUUCCUUGUAGCACUAAAACUGAUAGCCCUGCCGAUGUCAAGCGGGCUACUCCAAAGAGGCAAUCAGAUCCUAGCAUAAGAACUCAAGUCUAUCAAGACUUAGAGGAAAAGCUUCCCACCAAAAACAAAUUGGAAACCAGGUCUGUUCCUUCCUUAGUUAGUAUACCACCUUCCUCUGCCGCCAAACCCCAAAGUACAACACCAUUAAGCAAUGGCCUUCCGUCUGGAGUUCAUUUCCCACCUCAGGAUCAAAGACCCCAGGGUCAGUAUCCUCCAAUGAUGAUGGCAACCAAAAAUCAUGGAACGCCAAUGCCUUAUGAACAGUAUCCAAAAUGUGAUUCACCAGUUGACAUUGGAUAUUAUUCCAUGUUGAAUGCAUACUCAAAUCUUAGUGUCUCCGGCCCCAGGAGCCCUGAAAGGCGUUUCUCUUUAGACACGGAUUACAGAAUCAGUUCUGUAGCCUCUGACUGCAGUAGUGAAGGGAGCAUGAGUUGUGGGAGCAGCGAUUCUUAUAUGGGCUACAACGACAGGUCAUACGUAAGUUCUCCUGACCCACAACUGGAAGAAAACUUAAAGUGUCAACACAUGCACCCACACAGCCGCCUUAAUUCCCAGCCCUUUCUACAAAGUUUCCAUGAUCCCUUAACCAGAGUGCAAAGUUAUAGUCAUGAAGAACCAAAGCAUCAUCAUAAGCCUCCAAUUCCCUACAUGGCUGUGCACUUGCAGCACCCAGCUGUGGGGGCUCGGUCCAGCUGCCCCGGCGAUUAUCCCUCCCCGCAGAAUUCAGCCCACUCGAAGACGCUACACCUGGGGAGAUCGUUGGUGUCCACAAGGAUAGACAGCAUUUCAGACUCUCGGCUCUACGACAAUUCCCCUUCUAGACAAAGGAAGCCUUAUUCCCGCCAAGAGGGCCUCGGGAGCUGGGAGAGGCAGAACUACGGCAUCGACGCCUACGGCUACCGUCAGACGUACUCACUGCCUGACAACACCACCCAGCCGUGCUACGAGCCGUUCACUUUCCAAAGCUUACCCGAGCAGCAGGACCAGACGUGGCGGGUCCCUUUCUGCGGCCUGCCACAAGAUGCCCCGAGAUACCAGGACAACCGAGAGAAGGUGUACAUCAACCUGUGCAACAUCUUCCCGUCCGACCUCGUGAGAGUUGUCAUGAAAAGAAACCCACACAUGACCGACGCUCAGCAACUCGCUGCAGCUAUCCUGGUGGAGAAAUCACAGCUGGGUUACUGA